AUGGGUGCCAAUUCGUCCAAGCCGGCCACACAUACGUGGACCGGCUCGCAACCAACAGGCGUGUCGCAAAACAUCAUCGAGUCGUUCCAAUCCAGCACAGAGACGGAUGCAUCACGCGCGCAAUUACUAGAGCUUCAAGUCCAGGCCCGCGUGGCCGAGGAGCUCAAGAAGCUGCAGUCCGCAGAGGCAACCGCCGUCAAGGAGGCCCUUGACAAGCUGUCGGAGCAGACCCCGGCCGACGACGACGGCAAGCAAAAGACGCGGUUCACCGUCUCCAAGGAGGUGGCUGCCCUGCGCGAGAAGCUCGAGGAGGAGAGGAAGAAGGUCCACAGCCUGCCGGACGAGGUCGAGAGCGCCCGCUCAGAGGUUGUCCGCUGCCUCAGGGAACACGACAGACGCCCGCUCGACUGCUGGCAGGAGGUGGCCAACUUCAAGGAGCAGGUCAGGAAGUUGGAGAAGGGCUGGGUUGACAAAGUAGUCUCGUAA